AUGGAUAAGUCAUGGAUUACUAAGCCACAAUCAUCGAUUGCAUAUCAGCAAGGGAUAAAAGAAUUUAUUGAUUUUGCAUUUAAAGGUGCAAAAGAAAAUGACGUAGUAAUAUGCCCUUGCAAACACUGCGGUUUCAAAAAAUCAAAGAGUAGGAGUGACAUGUUCGACCACUUAAUGUGGUCACCAUUUCCGCAGGGAUACACCAUGUGGAUUCAUCAUGGAGAGUCCUUUGUUGUACCUAGUACUAUCUCCCCUAGUACUACUCAAAAUAUGGUUGAAGAUACUAUCAUUUUCGAAGAUCCUAUUCAUAACAUGAUCAAUGAUGCAUUUGGAGUUGAUAUGAAUCAUGCUAAUGAAAUACCAUCCGCGUCAAAUUUAGAGAUUGGCCAAGAAGAUUAUGUGAUGCUAAGUGCAACUCAGGAAAGAAACGAAGCCAAAGAGUACUAUGAAUUGACUAGAGAAGGAGAACAACCUUUGUAUGAAGGGUGUAGAUAA